AUGCCUCGGGAGACCUUUACACCAUCUACAGAACUGCCUCGCUUGCGAAUGCUCCUUUUCUAUUUGAUGCUUACAACCACCAUUCACUACGCGCACAAUUACACUCAGGCCGCAGACUAUCCUCCAGUUCCUUUCAUCUAUGAAAGCCCCAAAGCAUAUCGCAUUGGAAUACUCAUUUCCUAUCCAUUUCACACGUUUUGCGGGUUUUAUGGAUACAGACUGUACAUGUCUGGUAAAUAUCGAAAAUCGAUUCUGUAUCUUGGCAGCUACGCAAGCCUGGGCGUCCGCACGCCAGCUCACUUCUUUGGAGGAGUUCCUCAAAUUCCAUGGUUCUGGUUUUUGACGAUUUUCACGGACUUCUUUGCUGGUGUGGCUUUGGGUGUCUUCUGUUAUGAGACAUAUGCGUCACAAGUUCUUUCUUCUGUCCCAAUUGGAGUCUGA